GUCCAUCGGUCUUAUUAAAGUAAAAGCACUCUUCCUCUGGGACUUACCGCCCAGCAGAUCCUCUAUUCAGCUAACUACAGGAAAGGUCCUCACCGGCCUUUUCGCACAGGGAGAGAGGGAGAGAUUCCAUCAAUUCCACCUCCAUCACUGAGUCCGACGGUGAACGAGGCGGGGGAGUACAGGGACGUGAAAUCUUCAACCGCAGAUCUUCACCUCCCGCCUUAGAUCUUCCACUUCGACUUGUCAGCGACUCUCCAACGGCUGCACCCAAGAGCAUCAACCGACUCGCUCCCUCUGUCAUCUCCUGCCUGUUUGCCUGCACCCAAGAGGGGAGGAAGUUUGUCCACAGACGCCAAGAAUCUGAGUAACGAUGCCGUCUGUGCUGGUGGACGCCACGGCCUCUCCGCUAUACAACGAGGAAGCGCCUCACACUGAUGCUCCCGCCCCCGAGCGCGCUCCUCCCGUUCAGCCUUUUGACUUCUUUGGGUUGAACUUUCUUCUGAGCAAGCCAAAGGCCAAGGUGAGGAACACGCCACACGAAUGCCCGACAGGGUUCAUCCUAUCCCGUGCUUCUUGGUCUUGCUUCUGCCUUCAGGUCGAGGGCGCUGACUUCUAUGCGUUCAUCUUGACCCACCAGCUGCUGUUUCUGGUCCCGGUGGCCUUCGCGUCCUACCUGUUCUACAGCCGAUACAUCUUCUCCCAGUAUACUUUGGACAUCGACCAGACCUGGCCCUUCGCGUCCUACCUGUUCUCCGUCCAAUACAUCUUCUCCCAGCUGUCCUACGACAACGGCAAGACCUUUCCAGUCUAUGACUUCGGCGAGACCGUGCGACCCCUCAUUAUGGGCCUCUCUAUCGGGACUUUGGUCCUCUUGGCCUUGUGCUGCUGGCCCUUCUUCAAAAGGAUGUCAGUCCUGGCGCCUCGGAGUGGUGCGCAGUUCCCCCACAGGAAGGCGGGGUGGCAGCUGACGACCCACAUCAUCCAGCUGAUCCUACUGAGCAGUCUCCUUCCUUUCCUUCCGUGGUUUGACGUAUUUCUCUCUGAGAUUCUCUAUAAGAUUGCCGAGAACUUUCAUAUAAUUGACGAAUGGGUGUACGGGGUUGUCGCCGCGCUCUUCCCCAUCGGUGUCGUGGGAUUGCGGGUGUUGCUUUUCGGGCUGGUCACUCGGUUUCUGGGAUUGUAUGCCAUCUCGGGGGAGAAUGCGACUGCACUUGCCAUGGCCUGGGGCACCGUGUACUCCGACACUAUGCGGUGUGUCGCUGUGCCCUUUCUGUCUGUGGUGGCCUUAUCUGCGACUUCCCUCUCGCUCCUCUGGCUCUUCGGUCUCGCCGGGGCCUUCUGCAUGAUCGUUGUGUUGAUCCGUCUGGUUCUGUCGCUUUUCGUGGCUGCACCAGCAAAGACACAGGGUCCAUCUCGUGGCUGCCGUCUGUCGGCAGCCUGUGGUGAGCAAUCAUAUGUGUAGCGGAUGCGAGGGAUGGGUUGGCUGGCUGCUCGUGGGUCAUGCAUCUUUGGUGAUGUAUGUUUGUAUGUGUGUAUGUAUGUGUGUAUGUGGGUCUUUGGCCAAUUGUAGAUAGAUUCAUGUCGUGUGUUGGGACUGUGUGCAUGUGUGUGUAUAUGGCUCAGAUGGUCGGUCUGCCUUGCUGUGUCCAUGUGUGUGUGCAUGUGUAUCUAUAAUGCUGUCUGCACUGCCUAAUCGAUCGACUGGCGCGGCGUGUUGUGUGCGUCGCCCUGCCUGCCCUUCGCCUCAUUGUCUGUCUCUCUGUCUGUCUCUCUGCUGUAUUCCCUCCGUACCGUUCAUCUCAGUGAAGGGAUCUGCCAGCGCACCGCUGGUCGUUGUUUGUUCAAGUUGUGUCUGUUCAUUCAUUAGUGAGUACGGUGGCUGGACUGCAAUGCAUGAGUGACAGUUGCUGCCUGCGAGUGUGUCGUCAUCCUGCGUCAAUGUUGCGCGUAACGCUCUGGUCAACUUGCGGACUCUGUUGUCGCGGCCCUCUGUUCUCUCUCAACCAUUCAUAUGACGUCUCUACGCGGCAUGAUUGCGUUGGCCUUGAAUUGAGAUGUGAUAAUAAUAAUGAGGGGCCGGGUGGUUUUGCACCACCCCUGCUCUCGCUGUUCAACUAUUGCUGCUGGUGAUACUGGGGGGGCUGUCCUUGGUGGUUCACCGGUCGGUGACUUAGUUACUGCGUGCGGGUGUCUGUGU